AUGAACUCGGCGUUGUCUAGAGGCAGGGUGAGCGCAGAGCAACAAGAUUUGCUAUUGACUUUUAUGGAAGAGCAUCGCGAUUUCGCGGCAGGAAAACAAUCAAUUUAUUCCCGCUUUAGUGCAAGUAAGCUCUGGCGACUUCUCGCUGAAAGACUAAACGCCGCAGCGGCCGACACGGGCGGCGCCCGCAAAUCCCCAGACAAGUGGUGCCGCUAUUGGGCGGAUGUGAAAUACAAAGCGAGAAAGAAGUGUGCAGCUGGAGGCGCUCAAGGAGACCUCUCCACAGCUGAAGAGCGCCUUCAGAAUAUUCUCAAUUGCAAAAACGAGUCUCAGAGUGUGUCAAGCAGUGCAGUUGGAGGUGGAGCAUCAGACGAAGAACGCAAGCCACCUUUGGAAGAAGAUAUGUUUUCGGAGAGUGGCGCUGAGCCGCGUCUCGCCACCGAGGAGUUGCUAGCCGAGGCGGCCAUGCGUACAGCACUAGCCGCAGAGAAACAGGCCGAAGCAGUCGUGCAGGCAGUUGACUUGCUUCGCGAUCUCGUUUCGCUUUUGCGAGAUCGUGCCGCGACCGUCACUCCCGCGCAGCAUCCUGGUCAUCCUCCACCAGCUGAGCUUACGCUCGCCAUGCAGCAUCAGCAUCAUCACCGUCUCUGA